CUCUUUCAUUCGCAGAAACUCAGCCAAAAAACCCUAGCACUGUAAGCCUACACCGCCGCAAGGAGCGGCAUACUGCCCCCGUCCGUCUUUCUAUCUAGCUUCCCUCGUGCUCCAAAUCUUCAAUCCCUGUUCACUGUCACCGAUCGCAGCUGCUUCCUCGAGCUCGGCGUCCGUCGUCUUUGUCUGCCCAGCCGCGCUUCCGCCGCCGUUUGUGUGCCGUUCACGUUCGCGUCUUCGUUCGCGUUCUUCGCCAUUCAAUUUUGCUCGGCGUUCACCGUUCGCGUUCACUCGCCGUUCACCGUUCGCGUUCACUCGCCGUUCACCGUUCGCGUUCACUCGCCGUUCACCGUUCACCGUUCGGGUUCGCAUUCGCGUUCGUCUGGAAGCCACGUUGCUGUGCUUCAAACUCUGCCCAACCCGCGCGCUCCACCUAGCCGUCGAACUGCUCUCUUUUGUCGCCGCCGAAAUUUUUUGAGGUAUAUAAGAAUUAAGAAGAAGAUUAUUUCAACGGUCUCUGUUGAUAUUGUUACCAAAUGGGAAAGCUAGGGAAGAAGGCAAGAAAAUUUGCAAGAAAGAAUCUGCAGUCAGUUUUGAGGAACAAAAGGAAGUUAAAAUCCAAAUUCAAAAGGAAAGCUUCAAAAACAACGGGAGGUCAAGAUGUUGAAGAAAACCAAGAGAGGGACACAACAAAUCUAUCUACGGAAAGAAAAGCAAUGGCUGAAGAAAUUGAAGAUGUUUCCCUUGAUGAUGUAUUCAGUGAAGAUGAUAGUGAGGGCCUUGGAGAGGAUUCAGACAGUGAUGUAUAUCUUUCUGAGGAUUCAUGCUGUGCACAUUUGACGGAAUGUGAUGGUGAAAGUGAAAAUAAUACUGAUAGCAGCAAUGGAGGUAGUUCCUUAAUGGUUCAUAACAGAGAUAUUCGUGCAGAACUUGUGAAGAAAGCAAAAAGGUUGAACAAAUUAAAAGAAAAGGAUCCAGAGUUUGCCCGAUUUCUGGAACGUUAUGAUGUGAGCAUUAAACAAGCCAAAGAUGAUGAAACUAGUUCUGAUGAUGAAGGUGGUUUAGAUGGGAUGCAUCCAAUGAAUGAAGAUGCUGUUCGUUCUCAUGUACCCAAAUGUUUAACAAGUGGACAAGUUGAUUCUUUGUGUAAUAUGGUUAAAAAAGAUCAUAACAUGGCAGCCCUUACUUGUCUCAUAAAUGCUUAUUGCACAGCCUGCCACAGUGAUUCUAAAGCACCUAGUGCCAGUAUUUCUGUCUUAUCCCACAACAUUCAGAGUGGUGAAACUUUCUCCAAGAUAUUAAUGUUCAUGCUACAUGAGGCUGAUACUAUAUUUAGGAAGUUACUGGGAUUGUCAUGCUCGAAUUGCAAGAAGGAAACUGUUUUGGAACUAAAGAAUACAUCAAAAUGGUUAUCUCUGAAACCGCUUAUUAAAUCAUACCUUAGGAGUACUCUGUUUCUCCUGAACCAGGUUACAGACUCAGAGUUAUUGACAUUCACAAUUUGUCGACUAAGAACUUCAAUCAUCUUCCUAGUUGCAUUUCCAACUCUGUUGCGCAAGCUUCUUAAGAUUUCUGUUCAUCUCUGGGCAACAGGUGAUGAGUCUUUGUCAUCACAUUCCUUUCUCAUCAUCAAAGAUAUAUCUUCCAUGUUUGGCUUGAAUUGGUUUGAUUCCUGCUUCGUCAAAACAUAUAAAGCAUUCAUUAAUCACACUCAAUAUGUUGACCAAAGGUUGUUUGAGCAUAUACAUUUUCUAAGGAACUCCUUUCUGGAGCUCUGCAGUUUAGAUGUGCAGAAAUCAUCUAACAUGGCAAUGAAAUGUAUGCUGCACCUGGCUAAGAUAUUGCAGAAGGGGCGGCAGACAAAGAAGAAGGAGGUGGUUAAAAAAAUUUGCAGUUGGCAGUACAUUAAUUGUAUUGAACUCUGGGUUGCAUUUAUAUCAGCAAAUGCACCUGAGUAUGAUCUUCAUCCAUUGCUAUACAUGAUUGUACAGAUUAUAAAUGGAAUUGCUCUACUGUUUCCUGGUCCUAGAUACUUACCACUGAGGAUAAGAUGUAUCCAAUGGCUUAAUCAACUUGCUGGUUCUACUGGGAUUUUCAUCCCUGUUAUAUCAUUGGUGUUGGAUGUUGUAGCAUACAAAAUUGCCAAGGAUGGUGGUAGAAAGCCUGGCAAAGGUUUUGAGCUACAGUCUACCAUAAAGCUUCCAAAGCACUGGUUAAAAUCACGCAACUUCCAAGUGGAGUGUAUCUCAUCUGCCAUUGAGCUCCUUUCUGAGCAUUUUGCACAAUGGAGCUACCAUAUAUCUUUUCCUGAGCUGGCAACAGCUCCACUUGUCCACCUCAAGAAGCUCUAUGAGAUAACUUCUAUUGAGAGUUCUAGACGGGUUAUCAAGCGUUUCAUUGAUCAGGUGGAGAUGAAUGUUGACUUUGUGCAAAAGAAGAGAGAGGAGGCGCCUUUCUCUCCGAAGGAUCAGCAGACUGUUGAAACAUUUCUUCAGAUUGAAAGACGUAGUGGUAACACUCCGUUUAUGCAAUACUAUAGAAGCAUAAUGAGUAAGGCUGUAACCAGGAAAAUGAUUUCAAAUACAAAGGCAGCAUUAGUCUAGGAGUUCUGAUCUGGAUUUGGAUUCGGAUUCUCUUCUGUGAAGGUAGUUUGUAACUGAACAUGAGGGUUUCUCAUCCUUGAACAAGCUGAACUACUAUUUUCCUUUGGUGGUCAAUGGGAUUUUAACUUUCUCAUCUUCAAUGGAUCACAUUUUUAAUGUACAAUUAAAUUCUCUAUGUUAAGCUCUUGACAGUUUCCUAAGUCUUAACACAAUGGACGAAGCAAAAUGCAUGGUCAAAAAUGCUUGAGGUGAUUUGACCAUCAAUGAAACCUGAAAGAAUCAAUGUUUUCAUGUUUCAGGGUCUGAGGAAAAUGGAAGUUUCUUCCAUUACGGAAUUUUUUGUACACCUUAGCUUAAGUUCAAUCAUUAUCACAAUAAAAUAACAAAAUAGCAACCUUGAGGAGU